AUGGCGGACACUCCUAUACGAUUUCCCGAAAACCUUCGUCCAUUGGAGCCUCAAGGUCCUGAUCUGCUGGCAGACGAACGUAAACGAGCCACAUUUGACCCAAAGGAAUUAACGGAAAUUAUCUAUGGCCGUGAUUAUCUCGUUAAACGGGAUCGUAUCCUGAAGAUCCUCACCAAUGAUCCCAUAUUGGGAGACAAAUCUCACCGCUAUUACACUGGUCGUGAUAUUCGCUUCAAAAAAUCUCUCGCUGCGGCCAAGCGUAUGGUAGAGCUUAUCAAACAGCAUAACUGGUCGAAUGAGGAGCUCGGCAUUGCUGAUUUUCUUUUUGACGAAUCCGGUCCGUUCCGUUUGCAUCGUAGCAUGUUCAUGCCCACCAUUGAAAACCAAGGCACCGAAGAACAGAAAAAAUUGUUCCUCGAGCCUGCUCAGCGCUAUGAAAUUAUUGGUUGUUAUGCGCAAACCGAGCUGGGUCAUGGCUCCAAUGUCCGUGGACUCGAAACCACUGCUGUUUACGACACCCAAUCACAAACUUUUGUGUUGCAGUCGCCUACUUUAACAGCUUCGAAAUGGUGGAUCGGUGGAUUAGGCGUUGCUGCUAAUCACGCCAUUGUCAUGGCCCGGUUGAUCAGCAACGGCAAGGACCAUGGUCCGCAUCCUUUUGUCGUACAGAUUCGGGACUUGGCUACUCAUAAAGCUUUGCCCGGUAUUACGGUGGGCGACGUUGGUCCCAAAUUUGGCUUCAAUACGGUGGAUAAUGGCUUUAUUUUAUUUGACAAUGUACGCAUCCCGCAUAUUGCUAUGCUUGCCCGUUACUCGCGCAUUGACAAGAACACGGGCGAGUAUAUCAAGCCACCCAAUUCAAAACUCGCGUAUGGUACUAUGGUUUAUGUCCGGGCCAACAUUGUAUUAGAAUCACGCUAUGUCUUGGCUCGUGCAGCAACCGUGGCCGUUCGGUAUUCCGCUAUUCGUAUUCAGGGAUCAGAUGCCGCGAAUCCCAAGGAAAUUACCUCCUCAAACACUGGAAAAAAAGUACCCGUCGAGACGCCCGUGCUAGAUUAUACCAUGCAACAAUUCCGAUUGUUCCCUGUUAUUGCUCGCGCUUAUGCCUGCCAUUUUACUGGACAAGAAAUGCAUCGUAUGUAUGUGGAAAACCAAGCCAAGAUGGCUCAAGGAGACUUUUCUUUUCUCGCUGAUCUACAUGCCUCGUCAUCGGGACUGAAGAGUUUAACCACAACCAUGGCCGUGGAUGCCAUUGAAGAAUGUCGACGUGCUUGUGGUGGCCAUGGUUACCUAUUAGCGUCCGGCCUUGGUCAGUUUUAUCAGGAUUAUUUACCAAAGGCUACCUGGGAAGGCGAUAACUACCUGUUGACGCAACAAACUGCACGUUAUCUGUUAAAGACAUUCCGAUCUGUUCGUGCCGGCAAAAUCUCGACAAAGGAUGCCAAUUUCUCUAGUUCGUACAUGUUCGAAUAUUUAUCGGAACCCAACGCCCGUUGUCCUGCUACCAGCGCCACGGAUUUUGAUAAUCCAGAGUUAUUGCUGUCUGCAUUCAAAUUUCGAGUCGCCUUCUUGAUUGAUAAGGCCGUGGCGAUGCUAGAUGAGGAACAACGCACAUGGAAUGACAUGUUGGUAGAGAUAUACCGUAUCUCUCGCGCACAUUGUCAAUUGCUAAUGGCCUCCAACUUUGUUCAAGCCGUAUUUUCCCGGCAAGAUGAUCGAAAUACGCGUGCAUUGCAAGAUGUAGCCCGUCUUUUCUGCUUGUUUACACUUGAGCAAGAGGUCGCUGACUUUUUGACUUGUCAAUAUCUCUCCCCAGCCCAGGCACUACUGAUUAAGCAGCAGGUGAUUGUUUCCCUUGGAAAAAUACGACCCAACGCGGUGGCGUUGGUGGAUGCCUUUGGAUUUCCGGAUUAUCUACUCCAGUCGGCCCUUGGCGUUUCCGAUGGCCGUGUCUAUGAAAACUUGGCAGUCAUGGCGGAACAGGAGCCUCUCAAUCAGCGUCAAGUCGUCGUUGGUUACGAAGAGCAUAUCAAACCACUUGUCUAUGCUGGAAAACAUCGCUGGAACAUUCACAAAGAUGGCAGUGCUCGACUCUAA